AUGGCGCAGCCGGUGCUGCCAGUUCUCGGGGUCCUCGGGCGGAACGGCCCUGGAGGAUAUGUCGGCGGCGGAGGGUCGAAUAUGGCGGCGUAUCUGCGUCGGCUGACCAAGCCGAAGCAGAUGGACCUGCAGUACAACUUGUGGAUCAUGUGGCAGCUCGUGGUGUCCCCGCGGACGGCGUACCGCCACGUCGCGUACCACAAGCAGACCAAGAACCAGUGGGCGCGCGACGACCCGGCCUUCCUCGCCAUCUGCUGCGUCCUCCAAGCCGUCUCCGCCGCCGCCUGGUGUCUCGCCUUCUCCAGCUCGUUCCUGGCGAGCAUCUGGCUCGUCGCCUCGGCGGUCACGGUGGACUUCCUGGGCCUCGGAUGCGUUGUGGCCACCGUUGGGUGGUACACGGCGAAUCGUUACCUGAAGCGCCGUGCGCCGCACAAGCACGCAGUCGACUCCUCCGUCGAGUGGCUGUACGCCUUUGACGUCCACUGCAACUCCUGGCUGCCCACCAACCUCAUUUUGUCGGUGCUGCAGCUGCUGCUCUGUCCGCUGCUGCUGCGGAGCGGCACGCUGCCGGUCCUGCUGUCGCUGCUGCUCCACGGCGCCGCAGCGGGCUACUACUUCUGGCUGACGUUCCUGGGGUACUCGACGCUGCCGUUCCUGGAGCGCAGCAGGUCAAUCGUGUGGUGGCCUGCGGUGGCGUUCGUGGGCGUCGCGCCCGUGCUGCUGCUCACGGGCGUCAACCUGACGAAGCUCUCGACCGCGUGGUUCUUCAAGGGACAGGUGUAG